CUUGCUUCCGCCUCCCUGUGGUGGCUACUUGUUGUUGUGGAGGCCAUAAUGGCGGCUCAGGCGGCUGCAGCGGCCCAGGCGGCUGCGGCCCAGGCAGCGCAGGCCGAGGCGGCCGAGUCGUGGUACCUGGCUCUUCUGGGCUUCGCCGAGCACUUCCGCACUUCCAGUCCGCCCAAGAUCCGUCUGUGUGUGCACUGCCUGCAGGCCGUGUUCCCCUUCAAGCCGCCUCAGCGCAUCGAGGCCCGCACGCACCUGCAGCUGGGCUCUGUGCUCUACCACCACACCAAGAACAGCGAGCAGGCGCGCAGCCAUCUGGAGAAGGCGUGGUUAAUAUCACAGCAAAUCCCGCAGUUCGAAGAUGUUAAAUUUGAAGCAGCAAGUCUGUUAUCUGAAUUAUAUUGUCAAGAGAAUUCCGUCGAUGCAGCAAAGCCGCUGCUGCGGAAGGCGAUCCAGAUCUCUCAGCAGACCCCGUACUGGCACUGCCGCCUGCUCUUCCAGCUCGCGCAACUGCACACACUUGAGAAGGACCUGGUGUCAGCCUGCGACCUCCUGGGCGUGGGGGCCGAGUACGCCCGGGUGGUGGGAUCCGAGUACACACGGGCGCUGUUCCUCCUCAGCAAGGGGAUGUUGCUGCUGAUGGAGCGCAAGUUGCAGGAGGUCCACCCACUGCUCACCCUCUGUGGACAGAUCGUGGAGAACUGGCAGGGGAACCCCAUCCAGAAGGAGUCACUGCGUGUCUUCUUCCUGGUGCUGCAGGUGACCCACUACCUGGAUGCGGGGCAGGUGAAGAGCGUGAAGCCGUGCCUGAAGCAGCUGCAGCAGUGCAUCCAGACCAUCUCCACGCUGCACGACGAUGAGAUCCUGCCCAGCAACCCCGCCGACCUCUUCCACUGGCUGCCCAAGGAGCACAUGUGUGUGCUUGUCUACCUGGUGACCGUGAUGCACUCCAUGCAGGCCGGCUACCUGGAGAAGGCGCAGAAGUACACCGACAAGGCCCUCAUGCAGCUGGAGAAGCUCAAGAUGCUCGACUGCAGCCCCAUCCUGUCCUCCUUCCAAGUGAUCCUCCUGGAGCACAUCAUCAUGUGCCGGCUCGUCACGGGGCACAAGGCCACGGCGCUGCAGGAGAUCUCCCAGGUCUGCCAGCUGUGCCAGCAGUCCCCCCGGCUCUUCUCCAACCACGCGGCACAGCUGCACACGCUGCUGGGUCUGUACUGUGUCUCCGUCAACUGCAUGGACAACGCGGAAGCCCAGUUCACCACAGCCCUGCGGCUCACCAACCACCAGGAGUUGUGGGCCUUCAUUGUGACCAACCUGGCGAGUGUGUAUAUACGGGAAGGCAAUAGACACCAAGAGGUACUCUACAGUCUGCUGGAGAGGAUAAACCCAGACCACAGCUUCCCCGUCAGCUCACACUGCCUGCGAGCAGCAGCCUUCUACGUUCGCGGGCUCUUCUCCUUCUUCCAGGGACGCUACAAUGAGGCCAAGCGAUUUCUGCGAGAAACUCUAAAGAUGUCCAACGCGGAGGACCUGAACCGGCUCACGGCCUGCUCCCUUGUUCUUCUGGGCCACAUCUUCUACGUCCUGGGGAACCACAGGGAGAGUAACAACAUGGUGGUGCCCGCCAUGCAGCUGGCCAGCAAGAUCCCGGACAUGUCGGUGCAGCUGUGGUCAUCGGCCCUGCUGAGAGACCUGAACAAGGCCUGUGGGAACGCCAUGGACGCCCACGAAGCUGCCCAGAUGCACCAGAACUUCUCACAGCAGCUGCUCCAAGACCACAUCGAGGCCUGUAGCCUCCCCGAGCACAACCUCAUCACGGUAUGGGCAUGCGGGGCAGAGCGGGGGGCCUGUGGGCUCCUUGGUGGGUCCCCCCACCUAGGGGAGAAAAGGGCACACUUGGCUAUGUUUCUCUUUGUCCAACAAACCCUGACUCUGCCUCGGGAGCUCCUUCUGUUGCAGGAAACAGCUACGGACACCUCCACCCGGCUGGAGGGGCGGGCGAUGCAGGGGCUUCUUGGGCACCUGUCGGGCUCGGAUGUGGAGCACAGAGGGGCCCUGCUGGGUGACCAGCCCCAGGAGAGCAGCACUCCAGGCUCGCUCUCCCUGGGAACAGCCCGUGCCUCCUCACCCGUGUGUGUGCUCUCCUCCCUGCAGUGGACGGACGGCCCACCCCCUGUGCAGUUCCAAGCUCAGAAUGGACCCAACACCAGCCUGGCCAGUCUCCUGUGAGGGCCUGGAGGGGCCGCCCAGCCACUCGGCCUGUGCGUCUCCACCUUCCAUCCAGACAGCACGUGCGCAUCCCCUGGAAGCGUGCUUCCUUCCUGACCGGGUCUAGAGCUUCCAAGUCCUGGGGAGUGUGCGGGGCCAGUUCCUGCCCUCCCAGCAGGGGCAGCUGGCCUUUCCCGCCUCGUGCCAGGACCCCUGGUGCUGAGGCCUGCAGGUGGACGUUGGAGCUGACUCCGGAGCCAUCCUCUGAAGUGGACCCAACUGCCUGUCCACGUCUGAGUCGCACUUGCCAGGCGCACAUCUGGGCUGGGAGUGGGUGCCGGUCCUGAUCCUUGUGCCAGGUGGGCCGUACCUCAGGGGCAUCGUCCCUGACCCUCCAUCGCCCGGGCCUUGAUGCCAGCCAGGGGCCGCUCAAGGCAGCCUCCAGAGUCUAAAGGCGAGACGCCAGUUUCUGGCCAAGUUUGGUGGGAAGAAGCGAUGGCCACGUGUGGGACAAAGCACACGUCCCAACGCUUUCCUGGCUUGCCUUUCUCUCCAGCGUCAGUCCCUGUGACAGCCAGGGCCUCUGGUCAAGGGCCCUUGGGGAUGCGUGAGCUCAGCCUCCAGAUAUCUGCAGCUCGACCGGAUCCACCGGCCCGCCACGGGGGUGUUGCACAGGAUUAUAAACACAGGCGUGUGCGUGCGCGUGCGUAUGUGCAUGUGUGCGUGUGCGCGGUGGAGUUUCACAGAGCUGGGCGCUGAGACUGUUGGCGCCAGCCGCCUUCCCCCAUGGUGCGGCUGCUGAGGGGCAGGAGGCGGGGAGGGGCGCCUUGCCCAAGAGUAAGCCCCGUCUCCUCAGGCUGACGCGGGCGCAGGGCACGGGCCCUCAGACCUGGAGCCAAGGGGCCUUCUUCCUGGCGGCUCUGCACGGCUCAGGCUCCUGGCCUCCCGCCAUCCUCUCAGGAGAGAGGAAGACGCCCCCCCGGCCAGGUCUCUGGGGGACAGUGUCGGCACCUCUUCCCCAGCCGGACCCCAGGGAUCCCCUGCUGGGCCCAAACAGCAGCACUUGGUUUUAUGCUCUUGGAUAAUCGGAGAGGUGCCCCAGCAGUGACAGUGGCGUUGGGAAUGGUGGCAGCUGGGAUCAGGGAUCAAGACACCACCCUGUCCAGCUUCCGGAGCCUGGGAGCAUCUCCCUGCGGCAGGAUGCUGGGGGUCUCUCGUCAGGGUGGGUGGCCGCUUCACGCCCUGUUGCCCGUGCACUCCUGGGCGUGUGGGUGCCUCUCACCGAAGGGAUCUGGGCUAGCUCAGGUCGGCCGCUCAGACCCCUGAGGCCUGGGUGUGCCUUAGCCAUAGCAGGGCCACCGCCCACAGCCAGAGUGGCAUGGAGGACAGGCUGGUAGGGGCCUGUCCUGAGAGGACAGAGUCUCUGGGUCACCAGGGAGAGCCUGUCCCUGUCCUAUGCUGCCCUGAGGGGCGGUCCCCUCGGCCAACACGCCCCCAGGCUGAUGAGGCCAAUAGAAGAGAGUGCAGCCUUGGCCCACACACUGUCCCCAUCCUGUCUUCCUCCCCCCCAAGCCACGGCCUCUGCUGGCCCCACCUCGAAGGAGCCCCAGGGUCCUCCCCUCCGUCCCUGAGACGGCGCCUUCCAUGCCGCCAGGGUCUGUUUCUGCCAGCUCGGCCCCCACAGCGUCCCGCCUCUCCAGACCCACGUUCACUCAAUCACGUACAUCAUGUUCGUUUCUACCUAUUUAUUUAAGCCUUUCUUUGCUUCUAGGGCAUUUUGUAUGUAGAGCAAUUGAAAAAAGAACCUCAGAACUUAACAUCUGUCCUGAUGUUGAAGUGCUUUUAGUGACCACCCUGUUAUCUAUGUAUAUGUAAAGUUAAGGAUGAGAUUUUCAAGUUUAUAAUUAAAAAUUCAGUACUC